AUACUCUUCGUUCCUUGGUUUACCCGGUACUUUUCUCUUUCAUUCUGAUCUCUGCCUCGCGAGGGUUUUUUUUUCCCCGAAUCAAUGAAUAUGGAUGUAUCUUGGGAUCCUCGCGAUCUGGUAGCCCAGUCCACGAUAAUGUCGUCAGACGAUAUACCAAAGCUUGUUCUAUCUUUAUUUUCUGUCACCGUCAUCUCCACCUGUGUCUUUUUGUUUUGUUCAUCUCGAUUAUAUUUCCUGAUGAACCUCGCGGGUCGGAUGGUUGCUUUCUUUUUUCUCUCUCUCCCCUUCCAGCUACAAUCCUAGCAUGUCGAGGCUAGGCACCCCACCCUCAGUACUCCAUACAGGCCGACGAACCACGAUCCGAAACCACUAUUCUGGCCUAGU